GCUAGACACUUCCAACGAAUAUAAAACAUAAUUCGAAGCGGCAAACUCCGGAGCACAUUACACCGUGCGAAACAGAGAGAAGAAAAAAACCCAGCGGUGACCAUUUAUUAUGGACGGAAAAAGCUCCAGCAUUACCGCCGGCAAGCCUAUCCGAUGCAGAGCUGCGAUUGCAAGGAAAGCAGGGGAGCCGCUGGUGAUAGAGGAGGUGAUAGUGGCCCCACCAAAUCCUCGUGAAGUUCGAAUCAAAAUCAUAUGUACUUCUCUUUGUCAUAGUGAUGUUACCCUUUGGAAACUCAAGGAUCCUCCUGCUAUUUUCCCCAUAAUACUUGGUCAUGAAGCUGUGGGGAGGCAAAGUAUCCGGUACUCCCUCCGCCAUUGUGCAUGUUGGAGUCUCCUCAAUGGCUCCUUGAUAGUAGAGAGUGUGGGAGAAGGUGUACAUGAAGUUGUUGAAGGUGACACUGUGAUCCCAACUUUUGUGUCCGAUUGUGGUGAAUGUACUGAUUGCUUAUCGGAGAAAAGCAACCUAUGUACAAACUUUCCUUUCACUUUUUCUCAUUGGAUGAGAGACGAGACAAGCAGAUUCACAGAUAUCAAUGGAGAAACUUUGUAUCAUUUCUUGUUUGUAUCAAGUUUUAGUGAAUACACAGUGGUUGAUAUUGCUCAUAUAACUAAAGUUGAUCCAGCCAUCCCAGCAAAUAGAGCUUGCCUCUUAGGUUGUGGAGUAUCAACUGGUAUAUUCUAUCUUCUGAUUAUACACUUUUACUAUUGA